UGGUACAUGAGUCACGUGAUAGUCAUAGUCUUCUGUCUUCUCUGGGCAUUAUUUAGAAAAGCAAUUAUGCUCAACUCUCUCUUCAUGAUAAACUCCUCUGGGGAGAUUUUUAUGGAAAAACAUUGGAAGACUGUUGUCAGUCGAUCUGUAUGUGAUUACUUCUUUGAAGCACAGGGAAAGGCAAAUGGUCCACAGGAUAUUCCUCCAGUUAUUACCACUCCCCAUUACUACCUCAUUACUGUGUAUCGGUCUUCCAUUUACUAUGUAGCUGUUGUACAAAAUGAAGUACCACCUUUGUUCAUUAUUGAGUUUUUGCACCGUGUGGUUGACAUAUUUACUGAGUAUUUUGGUGAUUGCUCUGAGCAGAGGAUUAAGGAACACUAUGUUAUUGUGUAUGAGCUAUUAGAUGAAAUGGUUGAUAAUGGCUUUCCACUUGCAACUGAAUCAAAUAUUUUAAAAGAGUUGAUUCGACCUCCUGGAUUACUCCCUAACAGUGUUGUCAACACAGUUACAGGAAAAACUCAGGUCAGUGCCACAUUACCUACUGGACAGCUCUCCAAUAUACCUUGGAGAAGAACUGGAGUUAAGUAUGCUACUAAUGAGAUAUUCCUUGACCUAAUUGAAGAAAUUGAUGCCAUUAUUGACAAAACAGGCACCACAGUGGUUGCUGAAAUACAUGGCAAAAUAGAAGCUUUGUCUAAGCUAUCUGGAAUGCCAGAUCUUACUUUGUCAUUUACUAAUUCAAGAUUAGUAGAGGAUGUGAGCUUUCAUCCAUGUGUUAGAUUCAAAAGAUGGGAGGCUGAACGUGUUAUAUCUUUUGUACCACCUGAUGGAUCCUUUCAACUACUGUCAUACACAAUGGGUAGUACAGGCACAAGUUCUUUUUCCCUGCCCAUUUAUGUGCAGCCACAGUUCAUAUUUUCAGAGAUGGGCUCAAGCAAGUUUACUGUCAAAAUUGGCCCCAAACAAACUCAAGGAAAAAUUUUGGAGGAUGUAAAGGUUAUUAUCCCAAUGCCCAAAUGUGUCAAUAAUGUACACCCUAUUUGCACAUUGGGCAUGCCAAAUUAUGAUCCUGUUACUAAAAGCGUUGUUUGGCAAGUGGGGAAAUUGCUGACUGAUAGAAAAGUGGAAAUAUCUGGAAACAUUACAUUACAAACUGGGCAAGUGCCAGAUGGCAAUCCAACAAUUGAGGUUGAGUUUCGUUUACCACAGACACCAAUUUCUGGUCUAAGAGUCAGUAGGUUGGACGUGUAUGGAGAGAAAUAUAAACCGUUCAAAGGAAUAAAGUAUAUCACAAAAGCUGGUAAAUUCCAAGUACGCAGUUAGGAUUGACUAUAUUAUAUUAUUAUAAUGGCACAAAUUUUCUUCGACGGAAUAAUUUUUAAGUUUGCUAUCUUCACACUUUAAUAAGCAAUGCUAAUAAUAGUAAUUUAUUUCUUUUAUCAUUAUUGUGUGUUAUAUUGUUUCUAUAUUAUGCAUAUCUAUAGUCACUGGCUGGUGAACAAUAGUAUGUGCAUUGUUGUAAUUAAUUUUGAUGAUAAUAAAUUGACAAUUGAAA